AUGUCUCGUUCGGGCGAGGCUUACGCUCAGGAGUUGAAUCGUAAACGAGCGGCGAAUCAGCGUGCCGCCGCCGACGAGGAUAAUGAUGAGAAUAAGGGAAACGGAAGUAAAGUGGCAUUUGGAGAAGCGGGAAAUUUCGAUACAGAUGUAUACGGAAGUGUUCGUGGAGAGAGUCGUGACAGAUAUAUGGAUUCCAUCGGAACGGGAGAAGAAGACGACGUAGAUGAGGAUUCAAUGCCAACUGUCCAAAAGAAGAGUACAAAUUACUCACAACCACACAAAUUCAUUGAGGAAGUCGCUGCGGCGGCGGAAGACACGGAUCCAUUCGCUGAAACUCGCACGAGAACUAUCGCCGAGCGUCAAUCGAAAUAUCAUGAACGGGCGAUGCGUAGACAGAUUUCGCCGGAUCGUGCCGAUGCUUUUGUCGAUCAAACACCGGACAACCGUAAUCGUGGCUACGCCGAGGUAAUGCGUGAUCAGUUGUAUCACGAGGAGAAGGGACGUGUCGAGAGAGAAUUAGCAGAUAAAGCAAAGGCCGGAGAACUCCACGUCGUCGGUGGUCAACCCGAGAAGAAGAAGGGACGAUGGGAUUCUGGAAAGCAGGAGGCUCCAGAAUCCGAGAAUCUCGGUGCGGCUUCAGCGACGCCUUCUCAAGGAUCCGCUCCACGGAAGCGUCUUGGAUUCUCUGCUCUGAGUGCAGAUGCAGCAACUCCACGAGCAGCGAGAUGGGAUGAGACACCGGCUCACUCCACUGGAGCCGCCGAUGCGACGCCUUCAAUAGACAAAUGGUCAUCGACGCCGGCUGCACAGACUCCACGAAGAAAUCGAUGGGAUGAAACUCCGAAAGAGGGAGGACUGAAUGAUGGAUCAAUGACACCUGGAUGGGGAAUGGAAACACCCGCUCGUGGAUCAGAUGACGUCAAAAUCGAGGAUACACCAUCGGCGUCGAAACGUCGUUCCCGUUGGGAUCUGACGCCUUCGCAGACUCCAAACGUCGCCGCUGCCACUCCACUCCAUUCGGGUGCCCAGACACCGUCAUUCACUCCAAGUCAUCCAUCACAGACUCCGAUUGGAGCAAUGACUCCAGGAGGUGCCACACCGAUUGGAACGGCAGCUAUGGGAAUGAAGACACCGGCGCCUCAUAUGAUUCCGAUGACACCCGAACAAAUGCAGAUUUAUCGAUGGGAGAAAGAGAUUGAUGAUAGGAAUCGUCCGUUGACGGAUGAGGAGUUGGAGUCGUUGUUCCCGCCGGGAUAUAAAGUUCUCGUUCCGCCAAUGAAUUAUAUUCCGUUGAGAACUCCAUCCCGUAAAUUGAUGGCCACCCCAACACCAAUGGGCGGUGCCGGAGCCGGUGGUUUCUACAUGCCAGGAACCCCCGAUCGAGAUGGUGUCGGAGAGAAAGGAGUCGGUGGACUAGUGGAUACUCAACCAAAAAAUGCAGAACUUCCACCUCUGAAACCAGAUGAUAUGCAGUAUUUCGACAAACUUCUAAUGGAUGUUGAUGAGAGUCAACUGACUAAAGAGGAGAAAAAUGAGAGAGAAAUUAUGGAGCAUUUGCUAAAAAUCAAAAACGGAACCCCGCCGAUGAGAAAGAGUGGAUUAAGAAAAAUUACAGAGAACGCGAGAAAAUACGGUGCCGGGCCGCUUUUCAAUCAGAUAUUGCCACUUUUGAUGUCGCCGUCACUCGAAGAUCAAGAGAGACAUUUAAUGGUGAAAGUUAUUGAUCGAAUUUUGUAUAAGUUGGAUGAUCUUGUCAGACCAUACGUACACAAAAUUCUUGUCGUUAUUGAACCACUUCUGAUUGACGAGGAUUACUAUGCGAGAGUUGAGGGAAGAGAGAUCAUUUCCAAUUUGGCAAAAGCUGCCGGUUUGGCGACGAUGAUCUCCACGAUGAGACCUGAUAUUGAUAAUGUUGAUGAAUACGUCCGUAACACCACUGCUCGUGCCUUCGCUGUCGUCGCCUCCGCUCUCGGUAUUCCAGCACUUCUUCCAUUCCUCAAAGCCGUCUGUAAGAGUAAAAAGUCAUGGCAAGCCCGUCACACAGGUAUCAAGAUUGUCCAACAAAUGGCCAUUUUGAUGGGAUGUGCAGUACUUCCACAUUUGAAAGCUCUCGUUGAAAUUGUGGAGAACGGAUUGGAUGAUGAACAGCAAAAGGUCCGAACAAUCACCGCUCUCUGCCUGGCAGCUCUCGCCGAAGCAUCAGCUCCAUAUGGAAUUGAAGCAUUCGAUUCCGUGCUGAAACCCCUUUGGAAAGGUAUUCGUAUGCAUCGUGGAAAGGGUCUUGCCGCUUUCUUGAAGGCUAUUGGAUACUUGAUCCCAUUGAUGGACGCAGAAUAUGCAUCGUAUUAUACAAGAGAAGUCAUGCUUAUUCUUAUUCGUGAAUUCGCUUCUCCAGAUGAGGAAAUGAAGAAAAUUGUGUUGAAGGUCGUCAAACAAUGUUGUGCGACCGACGGAGUCGAACCCAGCUACAUUCGUGAUGAAGUCCUUCCAAGCUUCUUCAAAGCAUUCUGGAAUCAACGAAUGGCAAUGGAUCGACGAAAUUACAGACAACUCGUUGAUACAACUGUCGAAAUUGCACAAAAAGUGGGAUGUGUUGAGAUGAUAGCUCGGAUUGUCGACGAUUUGAAGGAUGAGAAUGAGCAAUAUCGUAAAAUGGUGAUGGAGACGAUUGAGAAUAUUGUCGCGUUGCAAGGGGCCACUGAUAUUGAUGCGAGACUUGAGGAACAACUUAUUGAUGGUCUUCUUUAUGCUUUCCAGGAACAAACUCAAGAAGACUCCGUUAUGCUUGACGGUUUCGGCACAAUCUGUUCGAGUUUGGGCCGUCGUGCGAAGGCAUACAUCCCACAGAUCUGCGGAACAAUUCUCUGGCGUCUCAACAAUAAAUCGGCAAAAGUUCGUCAGCAAGCAGCCGACUUGAUCGCCCGUAUAGCGCCAGUGAUGCAUAUGUGUGAAGAGGAGAAAAUGAUGGGACAUAUGGGUGUAGUACUGUAUGAAUAUUUGGGAGAAGAGUAUCCAGAAGUACUCGGAUCCAUUUUGGGAGCACUCAAAGCGAUAUGCAAUGUGAUUGGAAUGACUAAAAUGACACCGCCGAUAAAGGAUUUGUUGCCGAGAUUGACGCCGAUUUUGAAGAAUCGACACGAGAAAGUACAGGAGAAUUGUAUUGAUUUGGUUGGAGCAAUUGCUGAUAGAGGAUCUGAAUUCGUUUCGGCCAGAGAGUGGAUGAGAAUUUGCUUCGAGCUGUUGGAAUUACUCAAAGCUCACAAGAAAAGUAUUCGGAGAGCUGCCAUCAACACGUUCGGUUUCAUUGCAAAGGCUAUCGGACCACACGAUGUACUUGCCACGUUGCUCAAUAAUUUGAAGGUCCAAGAACGUCAACUCCGUGUGUGCACCACCGUCGCCAUCGCCAUUGUCUCUGAAACUUGUGCUCCAUUCACCGUCCUUCCAGCCAUAAUGAAUGAGUACCGUGUCCCUGAGAUUAAUGUACAAAAUGGUGUGCUGAAAGCUCUGUCUUUCAUGUUUGAAUAUAUUGGAGAAAUGGCAAAAGACUAUAUCUACGCGGUGGUUCCUCUUCUCAUUGACGCUCUAAUGGAAAGAGAUCAAGUGCAUCGGCAAAUUGCAGUGGAUGCAGUUGCUCAUUUGGCAAUUGGAGUGUAUGGAUUCGGUUGUGAGGAUGCGUUGAUUCAUUUGUUGAAUUAUGUGUGGCCGAAUAUGUUGGAGAACUCGCCACAUUUGAUUCAACGAUGGGUUUUCGCUUGUGAGGGAAUGAGAGUCUCGUUGGGACCGAUUAAGGUUCUUCAAUACUGCCUUCAAGCGUUGUGGCAUCCAGCAAGAAAAGUUCGCGAGCCGGUUUGGAAGGUAUUCAACAAUCUGAUUCUCGGCUCCGCAGACGCUCUCAUCGCCGCCUAUCCACGUGUCGAGAAUACACCAACCAAUCAAUAUGUCCGUUACGAGCUUGAUUAUGUUCUAUAA